CACAUCGAGGCAGAUACACACAGCCAGGACAUACAAACAGUAGAAUAAAAUCCUUAAGCCAAUACAAGAAUGGGCAGUAAGGUAUUUCCACCACAUAUAAAUCAUGGGGGAGGAGGGGGAAGUUGAGGACUAAAGAUGGCAGGAACCAACUUGUCUAACAUCACACAGCAAGCAUGGAAUCUCCAAAACUGCCUCUGGGGAUGCUCAUGAAUAUUGAUCCCUAAGAAUCUGGGGGAGGAAUAAGCAAGCAGAGGAAAGCAACUCUAUCAGUAUGUCCCGUGGUAGCGCUGGUGGCCAUGGUUCCCGGAGUCAGAAGGAGCUGCCGACAGAGCCCCCUUACACGGCCUAUGUAGGAAAUCUGCCUUUCAAUACUGUUCAGGGAGACAUAGACGCGAUCUUCAAGGAUCUCAGUGUAAGGAGCGUACGGCUAGUCAGAGAUAAAGAAACGGACAAAUUUAAAGGAUUUUGCUAUGUAGAAUUCGAUGAGGUGGAUUCCCUUAAGGAAGCUUUGACCUAUGAUGGUGCGCUGUUGGGUGAUCGAUCACUUCGAGUGGACAUUGCCGAAGGUAGAAAACAAGAUAAAGGUGGCUUUGGAUUCAGGAAAGGUGGACCAGAUGACAGAGGAAUGGGUGGCUCUCGAGAAUCUAGAGGCGGAUGGGAUUCCCGGGAUGACUUUAAUUCUGGCUUCAAGGAUGACUUCCUGGGAGGCAGAGGUGGAGGCAGUCGCCCAGGCGACCGGCGAACGGGGGGUCCCCCGAUGGGGAGUCGCUUCAGAGAUGGGCCGCCCCUCCGAGGAUCUUCAAUGGACUUCAGAGAACCAACAGAAGAGGAAAGAGCACAGAGGCCCCGACUUCAGCUUAAACCUCGAACAGUUGCUACCCCCCUCAAUCAAGUAGCCAAUCCCAACUCGGCUAUCUUCGGUGGAGCCAGGCCCCGAGAGGAAGUGGUUCACAAAGAGCAAGAAUGAGCUCGAGGUUGGGAGGGAAUGGGGGGAGAAUUACUGAGCAAGACAGCAGCAGAGUCAUUACUCUGGACGUCAACCCUGCAGUUACCAUUCCUGCCACCUGACAUUUGUCCUCCUCCUUUCUUGAAACUGAAAACACACAGAGCUUGUGAAUGCAUGUCAGCUGUUAACAAGUGGUUUUUAGUACGUUCUUGGCUUUGCUGUAUCUAGUGCCUGUUUUGUGCUGUUUUUUUCCCCACCGCCUUGGCCCUUUCCCUUUCCUCCUUCCCUCCCCUCCCCGCCCUGUUUUCCUCUUCGUUUUCGCAGCACGUGGUUUCUUGCAGAUGAAUGAAAGCUGCCAUCAUCAGCAAGGGUGGGAGUUCCUGGGGAUGAGGUGCUGCUCCAUUUUCCUCCUUAGCUUUCUCUGUUUUACUUUAGAAACACUGGUUAGACUUUGUUAAAACUCCAAUAUUGUUGCCUUUGGAUUUUCCUCACUUCUCUUCUGACCUGCAUGUUUGGUUCUGGAUUGCUGUGGCUCCAAAGAAGCAAAUAGGAAAGAACUCCCCACCAGGUUGGACCAUCUGUUGACCUACAUGUAGAAUUGGAUGCCUUCUCUAAGGCUAGGGAUCAAACACUGGCAUAGUCCUUCCAACUAGUUCACAGAUAGUUUUCUUUACCUUUCACCCCCCCUUCCCCCCUCCUCCCAAUUCCUUCCCAUAAACAGAUAUGAUAUGAGCAGAAUAGGAUCAAAUUUUAAACUGUAUGUAUAUGUAUAAAAUUGGGAAAUGGGUAUUACCUUAGACAAUUAAUUGGUUUCACUCCCACGGGUCCAUAGAUCAUAUAGCUCUGCCCAAACCAAAAUCCUUAUUAGGGAACUCCUUUUAUUAGGCAGAUGAAAGGGUUGUGCUUUAACAGAUUGCAAAUUGCAAUCCGGUUUUAACUCAACUGGGAUGAGGUGCUUUGGGGGCUUGCACAGAGGUGUGGGUCUGUGUCUAUUUGAACAUAAAAACUGCUCAUUGAGUCUUUGCUUUUUAAAAAAAAUUAUACACUUUUUUUUUUUAAAGUUUUACAUGUUUGGUAAGUAACUUUUAAAUGCAGGUUUAUACAGAUAAAGUUGACUUUGUGUUAUGUUGGAAGGAGUGUAAAACUUACUACCCUUGGCCAUAUGUUUUGCAUCUAGCCCCAGUAUUUCCUUGUCCCCGAGUGUAAAUAGUCAAUAGUGAGAUGCUGUUCUUCCCUUUCAUUUUUUGAAAUGGGUCAGGAGAGCUGACCCUAGGAUCUGGCGAUCUCAUUCAGAUUCGUCAAGAACCUUGAAACAUCUCGUAGAUGGACCUGUGCCUUCUAGAAAGAAGGCUCAUCAGGGGAGAGUUUACUUUCUACUUUCAAAAAUGCUUGGGAAAUUAAAAGUCAAAAUUUUAAGGUUGGGGAUAGCAGUAACUAGAAGGAAGCCAGCAGAGUCCAGGUUUCUUGGAAACCAUGGCCACUUAAAUUUUGGAUGGUGGUAUUGUUGUUGACUCCCGAUUCUUGGCUCCAGUUACUGCUAUCUUUGUUUCAGAGUUACAGCAAUUUACAGGACCCUUUCUCCUCUUUCCUGCUUCCUUCUUCCUUUCCUCCCUCCUUCCUUCCUUCCACCUGUCAUACUCUCUGCUCCUAAGAUAAGAAACCAUUUGUGUAACACCAACACGUAAUCUAAGAAAGACAUGCAUUAUGUGGUUGUAAUCAAAACGGAUGCUUUCAGAUGACCUACUUACAUCUUCAAUGUGGAAAAGAUUAAGAACAACAGCAACAAAAAUCUCAACUUCUGGUUAGUCCAGUUGCAUUUUAAAUGUGAGAAUGGAAUUCCAAACACUUAACCCAUUCUGCUUCAUGACAGAAAGUAAAUUUAUGGAUAUGGUAUUUUGUGAAUGAUCUUUUAAAUAAAAGAAAACCUUAAGUAAUAUUUUAAUGCUGGUCUUUAUUUAUGGGUCUCCCUCAGUUUUUCAGCUGCUCACCAUGGAUGGAUGCUGAAACUUCUGUUAGCUGGUUUAUUUGAAAGAGAAGGUCCAGUUUAAAUGAUUUAUGACAUUUGUUGUAAUUUUUACUUUGAAAAAUGGAAGGAAAAAAAAACCUUAAUGAAAAAUGGAUUGCAAAGAUAGUAACCGAGUCUCAUUUCAGCUUUUUGUCCUCCCUCUUUGUCCCUUUUUUCUGAAGUUGGAAAAAAAGUUGUUUCUACCAGACAGAAACAUAACCCUCAGAUGUAGUCUGGCAUUAGCUCUGCUCUGGAAAGUGCUAAGAAAUUUUCAUGAUAGGAAGAAAUUUCAAAUCUGACUCAUCUGGGAUAUUCAAAGAAAAACUAGAAGUUUGGGGUCCAGUUUUUUGCUACUUUUGUUUCAAGUUAAUGGAUCUCCUGGAAGGUCCCUGCAAUAUUAAUUUUUAAAACUUAGAGAUACUAAAAAGCAUUAAGCCUUGUUCAAAUGGUCAGAUACAGGAAGCAAAAAUGGCCUUUUAGUUGGGGGGCCUAGGAGAACGUGAGUAGAAUCUCGUGAUGUACAGAGAAGGCACUAUCUGUACAGAUGCUUAGGACAUUAAAAAGUUGAGAGCAGGAAGAGAUCUGGGACAUCAUCCUGCUCUUGUAAGGCAAGGCAUAAGAUUUCCUUUGCUGGUAAUAGCAUUAAUUCCCUAGCUGGUAAUAGGGAUUAAAUUACCAAUAGUUGCCAUUUCAUUCUGCUCUUCUCUUGAGCUAAAUUUGAAGUGGUACUGCUUAAUGGUGUGUUGGUUAAAGUUCUUUGAAUAUAAAUCUUAGAAACGGCACUUAUUUAUCACUGUCUGCCUGACCUAAAUCCCCUUCUUCCAAGAGGCUACCCUACCACUCUGGGCAUUUGCUUUUUGUCUGUUAUUCUGGAGCAAUGACAGAAUUCAUUGAAUUCCAGGUCCCAAUAGGAAGUUCUUGAUAAGCUCUUUCCUGACCCAUGGCUAGAGUCCAUCUAAAAGUGAGUAUUUCAAAAGUAGCUUGCUCUUGUGGAAAGAUUGGGGUGGAGGGGAGAGAGAAACACAGAUCGAAGGAGGGGAAAGGAUGGAGGGUUUGAUAUGUAUGGAGAGGAAGGAAGAAAUUUGAAAGGUCAGGAUGAAUUCAGGGUGCUCGGCAUGUAUCCUUUACAAGACCGGUUGGGUACUUCUAUCUUGUUAACACUUGAGCCUCCCAGGGACGGAAAAAGGUACAGAAAGUCCUUUGGCAGUGUCCUCCUUGGGACUUGUUAAGCUGCUAGGACCAGAUCUUGAGAGAAUAGCAAUGAUGAGAAGCUGGAUGAGAACCCUAAGUUCCCUAGCUACAAAUGAGACUGAUUUCUCUCUCCCCACUUAGCUACAGAUUUUGCAGCAUGACAGAUCGAAUUUUGUACGUUGUGCAGUUUUUGUAUUCUUUAAAGCCUCUACAAUUUGGUAUUGACAUUUCCCUUUAAACUGAUACUUUUUUCUUUUUUUGGGGGGGGGGGAGAUAAUGGGGAAAUCUGGAUCUGGGGAUUGCAUUGAAUCAUUACAGUGAAUCAAUGAACACUAGAAGUUAGAAAUCCCUACCCUCCACAAGCUCUUUUUAUGUCAGAAGAACACUUGAACCUAGGACUGGGUUUUUUCGUGCCCCCUUCUCUCCAGUUCCCUAUUUUGCAAAUUGUUGUCCUGGGACCAAGAAUUACCCAAGCAUUCCUUAGGUUUGUGGUUGGGCUAUAAUAGAAAAGGGUCACCAGGCUCCUCGAGACUUAAGAAAAGUGUUAUCCGGUCUCUGCACAUUCCCACAGCCAUCAAACCUUAUUGGAGAAUUCCUCCCUCUAGACAUUUACCCGAAUGCGUAGAAAUGACUUCUCCCAAAGAUGAAAUGGGACAGGUGAGUAAAUUGGGGAGGAGGGAAGGUCAUUAGUGGUGCUUUUAAAGCAUUUUUCUUUUCUGAAUGGCAUUGACCAAUUGAACGGGAUCACAGACCCAGAGGUAGGUGGGACCUAGAUUGCCAACCUGGACCCAUCGCAUCGUUUUACAAAAAAGGAAACAGACCCGAGAGUAAUUGAGUGAUUUUCCCCAUGGUCACAAGUGGCAGACUGAGACUCAAACCCAAGUCAUCUGAUUGCAAAUCCAGUUCCUUGCUGCCACAUCCCCUUUCACCCCUUAGAAUCCAUAAGACUCUAGGGUGGUUGUCGCAGGACAUUUGACUUCAGGCCAAACUGCAGAUGAAGUUGUGUUUCUGUCUGGUACAGGAGUGGGCAUUCUUUGUUUCUCACUAUGUGAGGUUGGCAGGCUUUUAUGUGUAUUCCCAGCUUCUUAGAGCCUUCCUUUUGUGGAUAUUAGAAAUUAAUUGAACCAAAAUAAAUAGUACGUACCUCAUUCUAUAACCUACUGCUAGAGUUUCUCUUCUGUAACCAACCUGCAUAAUUUGUAUCACUAUUGAAAACAAUAAAGUAUAGUAUUCCAACA